AUGGAUGAAUCGGAAAUAAUAAAUCCACUGCCUCCAAUAUUAUGUAACAAUCCUCGGCAGAAAGUUAGCGCCGAAAAGAUAUCUCUAAGAACAUUAUAUAAAGAAAAGCACGAAGCACCUCCGGAGUUGAAAAUCACUCAAGACAAGUCACCUGAGCCUGUGCCUUUGCAUCCACUGCAACUUACUUUCUCACCAGACCAUUUAUGCCUUGAACUUCAUGAGAAUACAGUCAUUAGUAAAUUACGGGUAUGGAACCCAAGCGACCGCACCAUUUACGUUAAGUUAUGUGGUCUUUGGGACGAUUCAGCUCGACUCGGUGCGAGCUGGCCGAGGGAAUCAUCGCCUAUACCAUUUGCGCACAUUGCUCUGCAACUGGCUGCAUCUCAUCUAAGGGAUAUUGUUGUAGGCUAUUUCGUGAUACCUAUUUUUGUGAGGUUUUCAACCUAUGUACCUCCUGUGCUUUUAGGAGAGGAAUAA